UUCAAUCAAAAAUGCUUCCGAGGAGAGGAGAGAGGAGAGCUCGGCCGCCACUUCAACCCAUAUAUGAUGACUUCAAGCCGCCGGAGGAAUGGGUGCAGGAGCCCUCCGGCUAUAUCCUCCGUCUAUAUCUUCCCCAAGCAUUCAAGAAGGAGGAAUUGAAUAUUUCAUAUGACCAAACCGGGAAGAUAACGGUCCUGGGAACAAAGCAAGUGGGUGAACUCAGAUAUGCUAGGUUUCAGUCCUCUUAUAAAGUUCCACAAGAUUCAAACUUUGAAAAAAUUGGCGGAAAAUUGGAGAACAAUAUUCUUUCCUUAACCAUCCCAAGAAUCAUCAAACGUAAGCCUUCUGAAGAUAAGAAAGAAGAACCAGUAAUGGAAGAGAAGGCAAAGAUGGUUAUAGAAACAAGAAAGGAAAAGGAUGAAGCAAGAGUAGAGAAGAAGAAACUGUUAAUGGCAGUGGAGGAUAAGAAAGAAGAUACAGUGAUCAAAGAAAAGAAAGAAGAAUCAGUAAUGGAGGAGAAGGCAAAGUUGGUUACAAAAGCGAGGAAGGAAGAAGAUGAAGCAACAAUAGCGAAGAAGAAGCCAUUAAUGGUUGUGGAGGAGAGGAAAGAAGAUGCAGUGAUCAAAGAGAAGAAAGAAGAACCAGUAAUGGAGAAGAAGGCAAAGAUGGUUACAGAUGAGAGGAAGGAAGAAAAUGAAGCAACAUUAGCGAAGAAGAAACCUUUAAUGGCUAUGGAGGAAAGGAAAGAAGAUUCAGUUAUUAAAGAGAAGAAAGAAGAACCAAUAAUGGAGAAGAAGACAAAGAUGAUUACAGAUGCGAUGAAGGAAGAAAAUGAAGCAACAGUAGCGAAGAAGAAACCUUUAAUGGCUAUGGAGGAAAGGAAAGAAGAUUCAGUUAUUAAAGAGAAGAAAGAAGAACCAAUAAUGGAGAAGAAGACAAAGAUGAUUACAGAUGCGAUGAAGGAAGAAAAUGAAGCAACAGUAGCGAAGAAGAAACCAUUAAUGGAUGUGGGGGAAAGGAAAGAAGAUGUAGCUAUCAAAGAGAAGAAAGAAGACCAAAUAAUGAACGAAACAAUGCAGCGCAUUAAUGAGAAGAUGAAAGAUGAAGCAAAGAUGACAACAAUGGAGAUGGAAGAGAGGAUUACAGAAGCAGAACCCUUAACAGAACUGAAAGAAGAACUACGAACUAUGAAGGAGAGAAACGUAGAAGAGAGGAAAGAUGAAUCAAUAUUAAAUGAAAUGAAGAAAGCAUCAAUGGUGAAAGAGAAGCUAAAAGAAUCUGAAGAGAAAUCAAGGUAUUGUCAUGAGGCAGAAGUGGGGGAGAAGAAACCAGUACAUAAAGAAAAAAGAAAGCGAAGAUGGGUUUGGAAUGAAGAAGAAGGUAAGGGUUGGUUGCAUUGGAUAGAUAGUAGAUUUAUAGAAGAAGUGUUGCAUAGAGUUUACAAAAACAAAAAAUACAUUACUUUGGCUCUGGUGGCAUUCACAACUGGUUAUUUUAUCUCUCGGAAGCUGAGAAGAAGAGGAUGAUUAGGUGUAUAUGGUGGACAUGAGGCCUAAUAAAAUCAUUUUAUAUACUAAUAGACUGUAAUUAUUUGAUCCUAUUGCUCUACUUGUUCUAUUAUACAUAAAUAAAUGUAAGGAGUGGGUUAGGUGGUGAUAUUGGGUUACAUAU